GGGAAAACCGAGGCGUGAGAGCCGAGCGCGUCCCGGGAAAGAGGUUCUGGCUGGUCGCUUUGCGCCUGCUGCGUCCCAUCCGAGAGACUCUGAAAGCUGCGGAGCGGCCACCCGACUCCCACUGGAGCAGAUAGCAUCAUGCAGCAGCUGCCAAGCCUGUGCGGACGCGCCCUGGUGGCGCUGAUCCUUGCCUGCGGCGUGGCGGAGGUCCAGGGAGAAGAGAGGGGAUUCCCGUCAGCUGGGGCCACUCCGCUGCUUCUGGGGACCGGAGAGAUCAUGACGCCCCCCACUAAGACCUCAUGGCCGAGGGGGUCCAACGUCAGCUUGCCGCGGUCAUCAGCACCUCCGCAGAUUCUUGAGACAGGGAAGCCGGCAAGAGCCCCUCCACGGAACCUCGCUCCGCCCCCGUGUGAAGGAACCAUUGAGAUCAAAGAAACUUUCAAAUACAUCAACACGGUGGUGUCCUGCCUAGUGUUCGUGCUGGGCAUCAUCGGAAACUCCACGCUGCUGAGAAUCAUUUACAAGAACAAGUGCAUGAGAAAUGGCCCCAAUAUCUUGAUAGCCAGCCUGGCUCUGGGAGACCUGCUGCACAUCAUCAUUGACAUCCCCAUCAAUGUCUACAAGCUUCUCGCAGAGGACUGGCCCUUUGGAGUUGAGAUGUGUAAGCUGGUGCCUUUCAUACAGAAGGCCUCCGUGGGAAUCACCGUGCUGAGCCUGUGCGCUCUAAGUAUUGACAGAUAUCGAGCCGUUGCAUCUUGGAGUCGAAUUAAAGGAAUUGGGGUUCCAAAAUGGACAGCAGUAGAAAUUGUUUUAAUUUGGGUGGUCUCUGUGGUUCUGGCCAUCCCUGAAGCCGUGGGUUUUGAUAUGAUUACCACUGACUACAAAGGAAGUUAUCUGCGCAUCUGCUUACUUCAUCCCAUUCAGAAAACAGCCUUCAUGCAGUUUUACAAGAUAGCGAAAGACUGGUGGCUAUUUAGUUUCUAUUUCUGCUUGCCGUUGGCCAUCACCGCAUUUUUUUAUACCCUGAUGACUUGUGAAAUGUUGAGAAAGAAGAGCGGCAUGCAAAUUGCUUUAAAUGACCACUUAAAGCAGAGACGGGAAGUGGCCAAAACAGUAUUUUGCCUGGUCCUUGUCUUUGCCCUAUGUUGGCUUCCCCUUCACCUCAGCAGAAUUUUGAAGCUCACUCUUUAUGAUCAGAAUGAUCCCAAUAGAUGUGAACUUUUGAGCUUUUUGUUGGUAUUGGACUACAUUGGCAUCAACAUGGCCUCCCUGAAUUCCUGCAUUAAUCCAAUAGCUCUGUAUUUGGUGAGCAAAAGAUUCAAAAACUGCUUCAAGUCAUGCUUAUGCUGCUGGUGCCAGUCAUUUGAAGAAAAACAGUCCUUGGAGGAAAAGCCGUCGUGCUUAAAGUUCAAAGCUAAUGAUCACGGAUAUGACAACUUCCGUUCCAGUAAUAAAUACAGCUCAUCUUGAGAAAGAAUAUUCACUUAAUUUUAUUUUCUUUAUUUUGAACAGAAGUCAUUAAAACAAUGAGGCACUUGCCAAAACAAAACAACUGUGUGUUUGCACAAAACAGUGUAAAAUGUAAGAGUGAUUAUUUU